AUGACCAAGGACAAGUACACCGAAUUCACCCCGGAACACUACCCGCCGUUCCCGGAUGGUCUACCCACGGUGGAACUCGAGACCAUCUCGCUCAGCAGACUCCUCGAGAGCGCUCCGGAGGAGCAGAGCCGCAUGUUUGAGGCGUGCAAGGGUAGGGGCUUCUUCUACCUCGACCUCCGAGGCUCCAAGGCAGGGCGGAUUCUGCUCGAGGGCGCUGAGCGAAUUGCCCGCGUCGGCGAGGAGACGUUUGACUUGCCUGUGGACGAGAAGAUGAAGUAUGCCCAGGGCAUCAAGGCGAGGACACUAUUUGGCUACAAGUGGGAGAUGAGAACUGUACCAGCUGACAAGUACCUGGCGUUCUGGCCAAGAACAGGCGUCGGAGCAACCGUGACGGACAAGGCCGGCACCAAGGACACGGCCGAGUUCUUCAAUGUAGCCAAGAACGACAUGAUUGUCGCCGACGAUGCCAUGCGGUAUCCAUGGCCGGCACCCGUGCUCGAAGCCAAGCCGCUGUUUCGCGAGUAUAUGCAGACGGCGCACGCCGUCGGCAUGACGAUCCUGGGCGCCCUGGCCGAGAAGCUCGGCGUCGACGCCGCCGCCAUCACCAGCCAGCAUCGCAUCGAGGAGCUUGCGGGCGACCACGUCCGGAUCACGCGGGGCCCGCCGCGGGAGACGGAGGAUAUGCCCGAGAUUCAGACGCCUUCGCAUACGGACUUUGGAACUAUUACGAUAUUGAUGAACUGGCUCGGUGGUCUGCAAGUAUGGUCCGAGUCGGCACGCAAAGCUCAGCUCAACAAUGGCCAACCCGACUCACCGGGAGAAUGGCUAUGGGUAAAGCCCCAGAAGGGCUGUGCCAUUAUCAAUCUGGGUGAUGCCGCAGUCAAGUUCACCAACGGAGUCCUGUGCUCGGGCCGCCACCGCGUCAUCCCAUCGCCGGGUACGCAGGGCAAGUGGCCGCGGUAUAGCAUCGUGUACUUUGUCCGGCCUGAAGAUAAGUGUAUACUGAAACAGUUGAGAGGCCCGGGCAUUCCCGACGGACCCGAAGAAGAAGGGCUGACGGCGGCGGACUGGAUUUAUAGACAGGCGCAGGGACUGGGAACCAAGUUUGACAAGUGA